AUGAAUAAUACACAUGUCGAAGUAGGAAUAGCUCCACAAACACCUGAAUCACAAACAGUUAACAUGGAAAAUGUCACAUGUCCUAUCUGUUUUAAAUCAUUUAGUAAUUUGGUAUUACUAAACACACAUUUAGAUAACGAUCAUGGCUUUAACGAUAGCAUAGAUGAUUCCAGCCCUACCGUUAGUAAGCAACAAGCAACAUCCCAAGAAAAAAAACGAAAUAUUGCUAAUACUAAAUCGAAAAACAUAAAAGUACUUGCAAAAGUUAAUAAGAUUAAAACAGGCCACUGGAAAGCGUACACUUCCGGUUCUAAAUGUCAUGAUUGUGGACAUAUACUAAAAAGUAAAUCAGAGGCAAGAAAUUGCAGAAAAUGUGGGAAUCUAUUCAGCAAAUGGCAUUGUAGAAAUGUUAUAAGGUUGAAUUUAAAAGCAGAUUAUGACCCAGAGAAUGGUAAAUGGUAUAACUGUUGUCAGGGCUGUUAUAUCAUGCGACCUGGUUAUAACGAUUUUGGUUCAAGGGUAGAUCUAACCGAGACAUUCUGUAAAAUACGAUAUAGUAAAAGUGAUGACAGAGAGUUACGAAGAUUACAACUUGAGAAUAGAUUAGUGGUAUUAAUUAAUGGUAUAAUUAUAUUAUAUAACAAAUAUCACGAUAGCAUUUUAGGUCCGGUGAAAUUAGAUUAUAAUAUUACAACACUGGAACGUUCAACAGUUCCUUGGAGAGAUGAUAGCACCGUUUCAAAUUGUAAUAUUUGCCAUACCAAAUUUACAUUCUUACUGAGAAAACAUCACUGUCGUUUAUGUGGGUCUAUAGUUUGCGAUAAAAUAGAAACCUGUUGCUCUAAUGAAUUAUUGAUACGCUUUUUACAAGCUGUUACAUCUGAUUUGAAUUACACGCAAAGUGUUCCAGAAGAUCCUGAAUUCGAUAAGGGCAUUAGGAUAUGUUCGAAUUGUUUGGAUAUGAUUUAUGUUCCUAGAAAGUUUAAAAAAGACAUAUCAGCUCUUCCUACUGCAAUAAUAUCCAAAUACUACAGUCUUCAAAAUUUAUCUGUAGUAAUCAACCAAGUACUGCCGAAAUUUGAAGAUCUUUUGAGUAAAAUAGAAAUCACUAGGGAGUUAAAUAAUGUUCCGGAUAUUACAGAUGUCAGAGAGCUAGGUAAACACAGAGAGAAACUACUAAGAGCGUUUAAAGCUUACAAUAUACUUACUAAACAAGUUGUUACCACUCGUACAACGAAUAUCUCAGAGAAAAGGAUCCAAGAAUCCAUUAAAAUAAUAUCAUCCGAUUUUAUCAAUGAAAAGAUUUUACCAAUGAAGAAUCUCCCAACUAUUCUAAAUAGUGGGAGUUCAUCCAAUGAAAGUUCUACAAAUAAUAGUUUCAUGGAUACAGGAACUCCAGAAGUGAAGAAAUUAUCUGACCUAAUGAGUGAUCUUACCAUCAAAGAAAUAAAAGAAUACCGAGAAGAACUUAUGGUUUUUAAAGAACAAAGUUUCAUGCUACAAUCUAUGAUAAAGGAUUCUAAGAAACAAAGGCACUUUGAUGAGGUACAGGUACUCAGCAAUAAUUUAAAAGACAUCAAGAAACGUGUAGAUGAUAUUCAGAACAAAUUAGGCGAACAAGGUUUUGACUGA